CUCAGCCUGGUUUUACGUGAAGCGCCGCUUCAGUGUAGACCGGCACCGGCACGUCCCCGGUCCCCGGCGUCUGUCACAUGGCUAAAUAUGGGUGUAGAGAGUUCAGUUUGCCGGUCAAAUACAUGACACCGAAAUGCAAGUCGUUUUAGCCCGAACAUUAGCUCUCUAAUUACUAGAAAGAGGAACACAAAUCCCGGGAAAAAAAGGUACCUAACCUUGUGACUGCCGCCCGCAGGAAAGUUUCGCUUCUCCGUUAAGUUUUCUCUGGCGUCUGUUCCUGAAAACGCCGCUUGUUUUCGUGACUGUCGUGAAGCGCACAGGAUACUUGAAGUUGUAAUUUAGUACAGCUUUCGCUUUGUGGUUGAAAGACAACUGCGCAACAAGUAUUUAACUAUCGGCUGCUGCUGUUGUUGUGGCGUCCCGUGUGAACAGCUGACUCACCGAGUGAAGGCCGGGUCGCACCGGGACACAGAUCUAUGUUUGAUCCCCAGGUUCAGCCCCGCUGAGUAGAUCCUCCAUGGGUCCACCGCUCACGGUCUGAAGAUGAUCGGGUCACCGGACCUGCUGGCCUUCACCGCCACUGAGGGGUUUGGGGAACGAGAGGAGGACGAGGGUCUACCUGAAGAGCUCUCUGUCCCCCUUUCGCCUCCAUCCAACCCCUGGACCACCUCAGCCCAGUUUCACAGAGACUUUAUACUGGUGGCGGAAUUUUCAGAGCAGGUGGGGCCCAAGCCUGUGCUGACAAUACCGGACGACCCCAGAGUCAUCGGAUCAUUUGACCUCAACCACUUCUCUGUUCGCAUCAUGUCUGUGGACUACCAGGCGUCCGGCCCCAGCAACACUCCUCCUGCGUCCCCCGGCCCCCGCCUCAACUUCAACGAGGACUCCAAAGUGGUUCUGGGAGAUUCGGCGGAGGACGCGUUUGCCUACGUUCACCACAUGACCCUGUAUGACCUGGAGGCUCGGGGCAUGGUGCGUCCCUUCUGCAUGGCGUACGUGUGUUCGGACCAGAAGAAGCUGAUGGAGAACUUCUCCGAGCUGUCGACGUGCUUCUCUCAGGCCUCCGACAGCCUCAAGACGGGAAACAGACAAGCAUUUUCUAUGGAGCUACAGAGAAAAUUACAGGAGCUUGCGUACAGGCGCUUGACUCUGCUACAGGAGACCGAACUUCAGAGGCCGACGAAUGGCUUCACAGAGGAGGGAGAAGCAGCAGGGGAGCUUGAAGCUGUAGAGCGUUCAAUCUUAAUUCAUAGAGACCUCCUCCGCCAGGUCACUUCCUACCCAAACAGGAAGCUCAAACAGCCUGACUUUCUGCCUUACGACCCAACUGACUCCCUCGCUGAUCCGACCUCCUUACUACCUCCCGAGCCCUGCCCCCCCCUCUCCACCUCCUGCAGGUCUGAGCGACGUCUGAAGCCUCUGCACGAGCUUUGCAACGACUACUUCCUGUCGCUGACCAAGGAGCAGCUCGCUGACACAGAGCGCCGCCUGCGUGGCGACAGGAGUGCGUUGCGGACAGCUUGUGCCACGCGGUCGUUGUCCAGGAGGCUCACGCUCACCAACUUCCUGUUCGAGCUGUGGAGCCCAGAGGACGGAGAUGAGGAGGAGAGCCAGAGCGCCGAGGCGGAGCUGCAGAGGACGGCAGGAAGUAAGAGCGGCCUGGAGAUGUUCCAGUCAGAACCGAUGAGCCUGGAGUCCUUCUUCUCCUGCGUGGAGGAGAUUCCCAUCCAACUGGAGGCAGGAGAAGCUGGGACAGUGACCCCUGACCCCAACGUUGCCCCGGAGAUGACAGGAAGCAUCAGCAGCGGCGACAGCAUUGAAGUGCUCGGGACUGAGAAGUCUUAUCGGACGCAGCGUGGCGUCGCUGGAUCUGACAGCAGAGAAACUCCCGUUGGGAUGACGGACACCUCUUGCAGGCGAGCCACAGGAGAUUCAGGCGCCAGGCAUGUGAGAGCGUACGCCAGACGAGCCAACAGCGAGGACAGCAUCGAGGUACUGAGUACCACCGAGUCCAUCUUUCCUGACGACCUCACCGCCAUCACAGAGGAAGAAGCAGAGCACCAACUGCUGAGUAACGGCGUCGAGAAUGGGAAGGCGAUGCUGACAGAGAGUGAAUCUGACGAUGCCCUCAAGGAGAGGAAGACAUCGAAUGCAACUACUUUAGUAAAUCAGGAUGAAAACAAAGAGCCUGUUGGGGAAGAUGGCAGUAUCGUUGACAGAGAAGAAACCUUAAAGCAAACAGCUGUUAAUGGUGAGAUUAAAAUCAAAGAGGAGCAGAUCGUUGAAUGUUUGAAGAGCAGUAAAGUCCAUGAUGACAACAGUCCUGAGAAGACGUCCAAACUACUGCAAGUUGAAGAAGCAGUGGAGUCGACGCCUCAGUGGUCUGAAGUCCGUCAGAAAGUCCAGCCGGUGCCCGAGCUUCAUGUCCACUUGGCCCCUCCUGUUGCCGUGGCGGAGGCUGACUGCUGGUCUCCGCCCUGCGGUCCUCUCCGGCUGCCGAGCGUCGACGAGGCGUCCGACUGCACCAGCUUCACCGGCUCCUCGGACCCGCCCUCUCCCACCCAAAACGUCCACAGCAACAGCCGCUCGAAACCGAGGAGGAGACGGAAGGCUGGACUCAGAGCCCUCAGGUUCCUCAAGCAGAACUCCUUCUCCCAGCAUGCCGUGUUUUGUCUCCUGAGCGGCCGGCCGCUGGUCGUCAUCGGAGGAGACGAGAGUUUGGUCACAAAGCUGCUGGACGCUCUGAGUCUCUUCCUGCCGUCCCCUGGUCCUGAUGGAAACGCCGUGAUGCCGUGUUUGACCACGCCGCUCCAGCUGACCGACCUGCUCACCUGGAGACUGAUAGGAAUACACCGAUCGUCCUCCAGCUCCUCAGCCAGCAUUCUUCACUCUCUGACUCGCUACAGUCGUUAUUUGGCCCUGUUGGAUCUGGACCAGAGGACGCUGCGCUGUCCGUCAUACUCCGGCUCGCUCAUCGGCAGACUGGCUGUCCCUUACGCCCGCAUUAGCAGAGGCAUCACCUACCUGCUGCACCUGGAGAGCUGCCUGACUGCACUGGCCAACCAGGCUCUGCUGUACACGUUUAGUCCUGCGUUACAACAUCCAACCGCUGCUGGAGGCAACAAUGGCACAGAGGGAGCGGACUUCCUGGUCACGCGAGGGAUCUGUAGCAGUGAGUGCGAUUUGAGAGUGAUGCAUUUCCUGUGCGACCUCAUCAAACAGCGCCACACAGGGCGUGGACCACCGGUUUUAAGAUUCUCUUACAACUCAAUGCACCUGCACAGAAAUACAUAUGCAGCCUAAACACUGGAUGGACAAAAACAGUUGACUAGUCAUGAAGAUAGUGUGUAAUAUUACCUCCAACCAACAACACUGGUUUCUCAUUAGGGUUUCUGGUUUGUCAUCGUUUUUGACUGAUGCAGACUGGCGUCAUCUGCCACUGAAGAAUCACACUUAUGUUUUUAUUUGCAGUGUUAAAUGUGUGUUUGCAUGAUUUUUACUCCAUGAUGUAUCUCUGGAUUACUGGACACAUGCACUAGUGCCUCACUGGCACCAAAGACUUUUACAGGCUGGCAGCCUCAGCAGAUGAAGUACUUUUUUUUUUUUUUUUUUUUUAUUGGAGUAUGUUACUGUUAUAGGUAUUACCGAAUCACAUGUCAUUUAAGAGAAUUGAGCCACAUAUGAACACUGUUUAAUCCAAACAGGCUACUGAUCUGAGAUGACUGAGAUGUUAAACCAGCAUGCUAUUGUUGCUUGUAGUUUUUGUUUCUCACUGAUCCAGAACUACACAGAAUGGUAAUUAUUUACUUUUAUAAACUUCAUUGAAUGUAACUAUGUCUGUUGCUCUGUCAGUUUAGCUGCAGUAUAGAAAGGAGGGGGAGCCAAUGCCCUAAAAUGUCAAACUUCUCCUUGAAGUUGUCUGAAAAGAGUAUCUUCUAUAUCAUUUUAAAAAUCAACCUAGACUUUAAAUGAGCUACACGUUACAUUAUGUUCGGCUCAUAUUAUACUUGCCAUAUUUGAUGGUUUUGUAACAUUCACAAUCUAAGCUGCAGAAAUUGCAGUUGUACCACACAGACAAAGUGUACUGCAGGUUUAAAGUACACUUAUUCCAGAACUUUCAACUGCAUAACACGUUUUCAUCAGGGUAUGGAGUUUAUUCACUUGUCAUGGAGACGGCUCAGCUGUUGUGACAACUUCAUGCCAAGUGAGUUAACUCCACUGCUAAAGACAUGACAUGCAGUUGAAAGCUCUGGAAAAAGAGUGUACCUUGAGUUGAGAUUAGUUUUGUCAAAUUUUUAAAUGGAUUCUUAAAUGACCUGGCAGGAGCCAGUGUAAUCAAACUAAACUGGAGUCAUUGCAGCUAAAGGCUUGUUAAGUCUGGCAGCAGAGUUUUCAAGAAGGUAGAAGUAGUUUAUUGAAAACAACCUAAAAGAAAAUGGAUUGUUGUAAUGUAAUUAAUGAACAUUAUAGAACCUAUUAAUUAGACGUAGUGAUUUGUUCACUCUAAAUUGCAGCUGAUGCCAGAACAACAGCCUCCGUGUGUUUAACACUGUACUUUUACAUUUGUUAUUUUAUUGAUGCAAAUAUGAGCCGAGUUUAGCGUGUGUAUAUUAACUCUGGAAAUAAAACCAUAUAUUUUA